GUGCUCUCCUGGAGGAUUACUGGACGUAUGCCGUAGCGAACUGUCCAAGGGUUAUGCCGGUGCACCGUGUUGCGGCUCGGUCGGUCGUCCAAAUGGCGUUCCAAAGGCUGCCUCCAAUGCAGCUAAAUAUAUCGAUUUUCUGGAAGCAAGGAUACGGGGCAAA